AGGCUCAGUAUCUUCUAACCAGAUAUAUUCAAGACUGAUUUUAGUUAAAGUCGAGACAGACAGACUGUGUGAUAUCUAUGGCGGCACUGAUUUGUUCCCCACUGCUAAGGUCCUGUGCUCGCAGUCUCAGAUCUGUGGAUGGAUCCAAACACAGGCAGACCUGGAGAUCAUGCAACACAAACUUGUUCCAGUGGUGCCGGUCACUUCAUGUGGACAGUGCUCCUCUAAAACCCUCUCUGACCACCAGCUACGUCCAUGGCACCUCCUCCUUCUCUCUGCUCCCCAUGACUGUGGGUCAGAGCCUGGAAACCACAGUCAAGCUCUGGCCUGACCGUGAAGCUGUGGUCUGCCCAGAGGAGGGAGUUCGGAAAACCUUUGCACAGUUUCAGGAAGAUGUAGACAAGGUGGCUGCAGGUCUUCUUGCUCUGGGCCUGAAGCAAGGCGACCGACUGGGAGUAUGGGCACACAACAUAUAUGAAUGGAUACUUUUCCAGUUUGCUACAGCCAAGGCUGGAAUUAUACUGGUGUCACUGAACACUGCCUGUGAGGUGAAGGAAAUGGAGUUUAUGUUAAAGAAGGUCCAGUGUAAAGCAGUGGUCUGCCCUGCUGCCUUUAAGACCCAGAGGUUCUGUGAGAUGCUGAGGGAGAUCUGCCCAGAGAUCGACACAACACGAGUGGGCACAAUCAAAAGCUCCAGGUACGACAGGUUUCUGAAAGUCCAGUGUAAAGCAGUGGUCUGCCCUGCUGCCUUUAAGACCCAGAGGUUCUGUGAGAUGCUGAGGGAGAUCUGCCCAGAGAUCGACACAACACGAGUGGGCACAAUCAAAAGCUCCAGUUCCCAUCACAAUAUAGUAAAUAAUGCCUAUUUUAUGGGCCUCCGAAUGGGUUAUCGAUCAAGACCUCAGGUGCGAGUGUGUGUGUCCGUACCACUGUACCACUGCUUUGGCUCCGUGAUUGCAGGGAUUAGUAUGGCAGUGCAUGGUAUUACACUGGUCUUCCCUUCCCCUGGUUACAGCGCCCGUGCCAACGUAGAGGCCAUUCACAGUGAAAAGUGCAACGUCAUGUAUGGCACUCCCACAAUGUUCAUCGACAUGCUUAGCCUGCCGGACUUGCACAAGUAUAAUUUGUCGUCACUUAAAAUUGGGCUCAUGGGAGGUUCUCCAUGCCCCCCUGAGAUUCUGAGAAAACUGAAAACAGAUCUGAAUAUGAGCGAGAUAACGGUAGGUUAUGGAACCACUGAGAAUAGCCCUGUUACAUUUCUAGGAUUCCCACAAGACAAAGAGGAACUGAAGAUAAAUACUGCUGGGUGCAUCAUGCAUCACACUGAGGCUAAAGUGGUGGACCCCACUAGUGGGCAGAUAGUCCCUCUGGGGGUAUCAGGGGAGCUGAUGAUCAGAGGAACUUGUGUGAUGCAUGGGUACUGGGGUGAUCCAGAGAAAACCAAGGAGGUUAUCUCUCAAGAAGGCUGGUACAGGACUGGUGACAUUGCCAGCCUAAACAGUCUGGGUUACUGCUGCAUUGAAGGACGCAUUAAAGACAUGAUCAUCCGUGGAGGGGAGAACAUCUACCCUGCUGAGAUUGAGCAAUUUCUCUAUACACAUCCCAAAGUGCAGGAAGUGCAGGUGGUUGGAGUCAAAGAUGAGAGGCUGGGAGAGCAGGUGUGUGCUUGCAUCAGGCUGAAGGAAGGCCAAACUUCCAGUGCAGAGGAAAUAAGAGCGUUCUGCCAAAGCCAGAUUGCUCGGUUCAAAAUCCCACACUAUGUGAUCUUUGUAGACAGCUACCCCAUGACUGCUACUAGAAAGAUCAAGAAGUUGACACUAAAGCAGGAUAUGGAGAAGAAACUGGGACUUUAAUUUGUGGACUGAUGGGCUUUGCAUCUGCUGGUGACGUCUGGCAGGGGAGGGUUUGGUACCAAGAGCGAAAUCUAAACUAUAUAUCUGAAUGACGGCUGGAAUAUCAGUACAUAUUCCCUCCCUACUUUUCACUAUUUAAACCUUUUAUAUAUAAAUAACAGCUGCUGUUAACUGACCUUAGCAAUGGACUCCCAUCUUUUAUUUUGGUAAUUAGCUUUGGUUGACAAAAAAAUCUUAACACCAGAUGUACUGAUGACAGCGACAAAAUGGGCCCGAAAGCUUCAGAGAAUGUCCCAUAAGUGG